UGCCACAUUGGAAGGGAAUCACCAUGAAGCUUAUAAUCUUAGCAGCAUGUGUAUGUUUGGCCGUGUCGGCCCCAACUGUCCAAGAAAGAGGUCUAUUGGACUCUCUGACAGGUUUAACAGAUGGAACUAAAUUAGGAUCAGCUAUGAAAGUUUUAGAUGCCUUCUCUAAAGUAUCAACAUUAAUCAGUGAUUUGAAGAAUAUCGCUCCAGAAGCUCAUAAAGCUUUAUCUGGUAGUAUUGAUGAGAUUAAGAACAGUAUGGGUAGUAUUGUAACUGGUAUAACAUCAGCUCUAGAAGGUCAAACUAAAUCAGUAAAAACACGAGGUCUGUUAGACUCUCUGACAGGUUUAACAGAUGGAACUAAAUUAGGAUCAGCUAUGAAAGUUUUAGAUGCCUUCUCUAAAGUAUCAACAUUAAUCAGUGAUUUGAAGAAUAUCGCUCCAGAAGCUCAUAAAGCUUUAUCAGGUAGUAUUGAUGAGAUUAAGAACAGUAUGGGUAGUAUUGUAACUGGUAUAACAUCAGCUCUAGAAGGUCAGACUAAAUCAGUAAAAACCCGGGGUCUAUUGGACUCUCUGACAGGUUUAACAGAUGGAACUAAAUUAGGAUCAGCUAUGAAAGUUUUAGAUGCCUUCUCUAAAGUAUCAACAUUAAUCAGUGAUUUGAAGAAUAUCGCUCCAGAAGCUCAUAAAGCUUUAUCUGGUAGUAUUGAUGAGAUUAAGAACAGUAUGGGUAGUAUUGUAACUGGUAUAACAUCAGCUUUAGAAGGUCAGACUAAAUCAGUAAAAACACGAGGUCUGUUAGACUCUCUGACAGGUUUAACAGAUGGAACUAAAUUAGGAUCAGCUAUGAAAGUUUUAGAUGCCUUCUCUAAAGUAUCAACAUUAAUCAGUGAUUUGAAGAAUAUCGCUCCAGAAGCUCAUAAAGCUUUAUCUGGUAGUAUUGAUGAGAUUAAGAACAGUAUGGGUAGUAUUGUAACUGACAUCACCAAAGCUAUCAAGCCAAGUCAACAAUAAAGAUAUCUUAGAGCGU